AUGUUAAAACAUGAACGAAACGCCUUUGUCGGUCUGUUGAGACCGGAAUAUCAUGUUGCCAUCAAAACAAUGCUAUUCGCAGUCCAUCAAUAUAUUAAUGUCGAACAUUUAAUAGAAGAUAUUAUUGAUCAAUGUGGAUUUCAUCGCAAGGAUUUUAAUACCAUCCAUCGCCAUCUCGAACUAUAUUUCUCAUACCUCAUCACACACAACAAACGAGUCCCAUUUGUUCUAUACUGUUGCAAAUUCCAGGUUGACAAUUCAACAAAGAUUGCACAAUAUGUUACUGAUUGCAUUGACCCGGACGAGGAUAGUGCUAUCUAUAACAUUUACUCUGACCCAAAAUUUCAAAAUCAAAGACAAAAUCAAGAGUUAACAUCAGAAUGGAUCAACAAACUACAUUUUCAAGGCUAUUUGAAAUUGAAAGAGUGUCAUGACGAGCUGAUGCGAAUUCGUCAAAAACGUAAACACUCCAAAACAAGUACAGCUUGCGAAGACCCACCUCAAACCUCAACAACGUCACAACGUUAUUCUAGUUCAACCAUCAUGAAAUUACUCGAACCAGAAAAAAAUGUCGGCGUUAUUGAAUUACAUAAAAUCCUGGAUCAUGGUUUUGCUGAAGACUACAUCACGUUGUCAUAUUCAACAAAAGAACAAACAGCACCGUAUUACAUGCUGCAACAACUAAUUAACAACAAAUUUAUUCCAACACACUCAUCAAUUGUAAAUACCAAGUCCGACACCAUCUCUCAUAAUUUUGUAGACCAUGCUGAUUUUAAAUCACAAAAUAACGAUGAUGAUAGUUAUUAUUCGGAAUGUGAUAUAUUUGAUGAGGAUAUUCAAGAAUUGAAAAAAUUGUUUUUUCAGGUGUUAGGUAGUCGCAAAUUAGUACCUCGAACUUUCUUUUUCACAUAUCUUCGUGAUGCUUUUUCACAAUUAAUUUGCAAAGACAGUAGAGGCCAUAGAUGGAGCCCAUCUGUUCUUUGUUUUGCUCAAGAUUUAUUGGUUAUCAUGGGAUACAAUGCGUAUGAAGCAUUGGCGAGAGGGUUGAAACGAGGACAAGAAUUUGAACCCUCUUCUGAAAGAUGUAACUUAGUCCUACCUUGUUCAUCCACACUCGACCAUCAUUUUCACACCGCAUCAUAUGGAGAAGGGAAUACUAAACUAGACAAAGAUGACUUUGAUAAGCUAGUAGAAAAAAUGAAGGUUAUUGAAAAUCAAAAUUUUGGUCUUGUUCAAAUUGAUGCAGUAGAUGUAACACCGCAUUUAGGAAUCAAUACCAAGCUUGGGCUUGUAUACGGUGCCAAUGAAGGUCCAUUGAAGAUUAGUGAUUGUACUGCACUAGCUCAGAGUCCGAAUUUUCCACCCAAGGGUUUUUUAGCUGAAAAAAUUGUUCAAACUUUAUAUUGCAGUAUUAACGGUGAAGUUCGAAUUCCUGGAAACUUCAAAGUAUGCACUACUGAAACUGAACAAACCAUUAGAGACACGAUUUCUGAAUUUCGUGACACAUAUACUCGAAACAUCGUCUGUACUGUGUCAGAUGCAGGGUCUGCUAAUUACAAAUAUUUCACAUCGAGCCCAAAUGAACUACAUCAUUUUUGCUACAGUCACCAUUGCAAAAACAUGAGGAAUGCAAUUAAUGGGAGACCAAAAUUAUAUCCGGUUGCCACUAAAGUAGGUGCUCCAAACCUUCAAAUUGCACGCCAUUCCUCUGCUUGUAUUUCUUCCAACGACAACGGAAACGGUUGCCAUUUGAUGAAAAUUGUUAUUCAAAGAACACAAGCGACCAACAUACCACUUUCCUUCAUAGUGAAUGACAAAGACACAAUUUCAUUUGAAUGGAAAGAAAAAGAACCACGGAAUUUUAACUCUGGAGGCAUUUCUUUCUAUCAUAGCAGCAAUGACAACGAAUUAAGUGUUACGUUGUUGAGUGAAACCCUUCAUACUAACAUUGGUAAAGUGUGUGUGGCAAAUUUUAGCAAUCAAGACAUAGCUGUCACCAAAAUUUCUUGUUCUAUUUUACAACGAUUUGAAUUGAACACACUCGAUGAAAUAUAUAGACAACAACCUUUAGAGUGGUGUAAAAUAGUUAAACGGAGCUCGUUUAUCAAAUAUGAUGAUCAAUCUGAGGAUGUAUUACGUGAUGUAUGCAAUUUACAGUUACUUGAAAAAUUACGAUUAUUGAACGAGAGAACCAACUAUCGAUAUUUAGGAUUCUAUAAGUACUUAAAAGCGAUACAUGAUUUAUUUCAUGUUUACGAUGACAAAAAUCAUGAUGGAACAUCUUCACACAAUUUGCACGAAGUGUUGCAAGUUCUUAAGGAAAAUUUGGACUAUUUGAAUGAGUGGGAUACCGUUUUCCAAGACGUCAUUAUUUCCAAUAAGAAUAAUAAUUUUACAUUAUCCGGAACCCUCACAAAAAACAUCAUUAUCCAUAACAUCAAAACAAUUCAGAAAUUGAUCAGAAUUAUUCCACAAGAUGCAGUUUUUGAUUUGUCUUUAUUGGGAACACGUUCUCUUGAAGGAUUUUUCGGAGAGUCACGUGAUUAUUCAAAAAGAACCACAGUAUUGGACUAUCAUAGAAGUUACUCAAACAUGAAAAUCAAAUUAGUGAAAAAAGAAUGUGUAUAUCUUUCAUACAAUAACGAUAGAAAGAGGAAAUAUUGUGAUGCCCCUAGUCAAAUUAACCAACAAAUUUUGAUGAGAAUGACUGAAAAACAAUUUGUUGACUUUAAUAAUGAAAGAAAGCAAGCUAGAGAAAGCGUGACAUCCAUUUCUUAUAGUUUUACAGAUCAAGAUUUAAUUUGUGCGAAAGACUUACAAUUGCGAUGUUUACAACAUCGUGUCAACUCCAUCCGUCAAUCAUACCAUCAGUCAAGACAUGACUAUAGGGCCGGAUUUGCCACCGAUUUCAUGGAGACAAGCAUUUCCAAUUACUACAACAUUUCACUUCCUGUUUUCCAUAUUGAAACAAGUGAAGUUUUGCCAAACUUAACAGAACGACUUACAUUAACCGACGACAUCAGUUUUACCAUUAUUCAAACACACGACUCAUUAAUUCAUGCUCAAAAUCAUAUUGCGGCAUUUUUGCUUAAAAAGCCCGUAGAAUUUGAAAUUAAGACUAAUCAUAUUUCUUUGAGCAAUGCAACCGUAGAGGUUCGCAAUUUCAAUGAGAACAAUGAAAAUGCAUCUCGACAUUCUGAACCAAUUAACUCAUUUAAAAUAUUUGUGGCACCAAAUCAGACGGAUCCAUUCAAAUUUAAAUUAAUUGGACAAUUUUCAUCAACAACCAGCACCAAGCUUUAUCAAAAACAAAUUGCUGUGAUUGUUGGAAAUUAUCAGUUGUUGUCACCUCCUUUUUACGUAUUUGCAAAGAAAACAAAAAACCUCGUUUCGUAUUCCCAGCUGAGCCAGGUGGUGGCUUCGUCUCAAGACAUGCAAAUCGGUCCCGCCACCAAUCAUUAA